UUGUACAUUUCAUUCUAACUUACACAACAACGUACAGAAAACAAGGUAAAAACACAGGUGGUUACGGAUGCAAACAGGCCUUCAGAAAUGCCGACAUUCUCUCUCGAGGAAGUAAAGAAACACAACCACGUUAAAGAUCUUUGGGUGAUCAACCAGAAUAAAGUGUACGAUGUCACAACAUUCGUCGAGAAACACCCAGGAGGCAAGGAGGUGUUGGCGGAAUUCGCCGGGUCGAACGUGACAGAGAUCAUGAGAGAACCAUCGUCCCAUAACUUUGGACACAAACACACCAAAUAUGCAUACAGUCUGCUACAAAGCCACUACAUUGGAGAUCUAGAGAAGGGUGGACAGCGUAAUCACACUGAUGGAGUCCACAGAAGGCAAACACACGAAGAGAAAAAGUCAACGGAAGAAACUGACGUUCCUCAACCCAACUUUGAAGAAAACAUUACUGAGGACACCUUGAUUGACUGGAACAAGCCAAUACUAUGGCAGGUGGGAUCCCUGGGUGAUAAGUACAUGGAUUGGGUACACAAGCCAGUGGAUAGAAAGAUACGUCUCUUCCGCUCCAAUUUCUGCGAGAUGUGCGGUAAUGCAUACUGGUGGACUGUGCCUUCCUUUUGGGUCCCUGUGAUAUUGCUUUUACUGUACAGCUCAUACCAAAAUGGCCAGUCAACGGGUCCAGACUGGCUUGGAAUCAGCCCUGUUGUCAUGUUACCAGUAUAUUUUGCAUUGGGCAUACUAAGCUGGACAUUUAUAGAAUAUGUGGUGCACCGAUGGCUGUUCCAUUUGACUCCCCCUGCAAACUCCAAAUUCCUCAUUACGAUGCACUUCUUGUAUCAUGGACAACACCACAAGAGCCCAUUUGACAAGAAGCGCUUGGUGUUUCCUAUUGUCCCAGCUUUGCCUUUAGCACUCACAAUCUAUUUGGGAUAUUGUGCCAUAUUUCCAAUUCAUGUAGCACAGGCCUAUAUGGCAGGGACCAUUUCGGGAUACAUGGGCUAUGAUCUAACCCACUACUACCUACACCAUGGCACCCCUAGCUUGCAAUACUUCAGAAACCUCAAGAGAUACCAUGUGAGGCACCAUUUUGAGGAUAUUGCAAAAGGUUUUGGGAUCAGCAGCAAGCUGUGGGACUACCCCUUUGGCACCCUCAUCCAAGACAACUGAUUAAAUGCUCCUGACAUCUGUUAUGGAGGAGAGGAAAUCAUCCAUAGUGCUGACAUCUAUUGUGGAAAUUUGGAUAACAUAAAACAUACAUACAUACGGACACCAAAUGCUUGCCUCUGCAUUGGUUUAAGAUGAUCUAGUCAUGGAAAGUUAUCCUAAAAACUUACAAAAAUUUGAAUCAGUAUGUUUUGUUGGUUAAUUGCAGGAUUCCAUUUGAAGUUCAUAUUUUUGAGAAAAAAAUGCUGAAGAAUUUGAGAAGAAUUCACAUAUUGCAUCCCCAAUCCCAAUUUUUCUAAAUUCUCAGAAUACUUUGAAAUUUUGAAACACAAUUGUAUCAAAGAACAAUUGGUUCAAUCAAAUUUUAAUGGAAAUUUCCCUGCCACAUGACCCUCAUUUCAAGGCACAGAUAUGAUGCACAUGCUUUAAAAGAAAUUAAUAUAAUAACAUUUGCUCAUUAUUUGAGGUUUUUUAAUAGAAUACUAAUCGUAAAACCAGACAUGGGAUAACAAAAAUUAAAAAAAAAAAAAAAUACAGUUUUUCUUAUACCUUAUUACCUCACUUCAAAAGACCUUUUCUACAUGAAAGGAAUGAAUUAGUUUUGAAUUGAAGAAGUUUAUCUAAAUUAUAAUUCAUGAAGACUUAUGCUAUUUAAAGGUUUGAAUUGACUCACAUACUUGCUUUCAAGUAUUUAAAGCUUGUACAGUUAACAUGUUAGUAUUGGGUUAUAUUUUAAGUAUUAAUGUUAUGACAAUUAGACAGUUACAGGUAUUUGAACCAGUUAGGUAUGGCAGCUUUUGAUAGAACGAGGAAUCAUUUACAUGCGAGUAAUAUAAUUUAGACAGUACUAAGAAGACACUGUUUAGACUAUAAUUUUGUUACAAAUAUUUUAUUUUUGUUUAGGUAUUUUGAUUGUCACUUUUUUAUACUUACUAAUAUGAUCGCAGUUUGGUUAACAAGGUGAUAGUUUUAAAACUAUUUUCACAUUAAUUUAUUAAUGGAAUGCAGUUCAAACAUAUUAUAUGUUAAAAGCCAGAAGGUACCUGCUUUAUUUUAGCAUACUAGAAAAGAUUCAAUCACUAAAAUGGGGGAGUUAAUAAAAAGAAAAAUAAAAUUAAGAAAAAAAGAGGGGAUCACAGCAUGUUAUGUUAGUUGCUGCUAAGAUGUUUUCAGAUUACUUUCAUGUUGCUUCUUAGAUUUAUAAUAGAUGGUGUAUUAAAGGAUUACGGUUCACAGUAUAGAAGGCAGAGGACAUAUUUUAGAGAAUAAUGCACUGAAUAUUGGUGUAUAUUAAGUAAUAAUAUGACUGUUUUGUUUUUUAUGACAUUCUUACAUUCCAAAGGUUGUACAUAUUGAUAAGUUUUUUUUUAUGAAAUGCAUUAUCACCUUCGUUAUAUCUGGCAAUGUUUCUUGUAAGGCAAGGAGAAUGGCAAAGAUAGAGGAGAGAGUAGGAAUAGAAGAUUUCGUGAUAAUUGUGUAAAUAUUUUCACCCUAACCCUUUGUUUAAUGUGUAUGUAGGCACAUGCAAGCAUAAUCGAACAAAAAAAAAAAAAA